CCAUAUCGCUAAAUGCUCGUGCUGGCAGAACCACCGCAGUUUUAUUUCGAUAAGUCCCAGUGAUUUCCUUUUGUUAAUUAGCUAACAGUACAUAUCCUCCGGUCUAUUAUUCUAGUUAGUGCGACUGAUUUAUAAUUACUUAGGCGACAAUGGGCAAACAUCUGCAAACUGUUGCCGCGAUGGCAUGCAUGAAGAGCCUCUUGAUGGUUUUUAAUUUCAUAUUUUGGAUUUCUGGCAUUGCCAUCCUAGCCAUAGGCAUAUGGAUGGAGGUGGAGCUGUACAAGUACAUGGAGAUGAGCACCGAGUUCAGCGGCACUGCGCCCUACGUGCUGAUAGGGAUAGGAUCGUUAAUUAUCUUUAUCGGAUCGUUUGCCUGUUGCUGCACCGUUAAAGGGCAGCCAGUGCUGCUAUACGUGUACGGCGCUUUCCUGGCCAUCGUCUUCGUCAUGGAACUGGGAGCAGGCGUCUCGAUUUUCGCCUACCGCACCAAGCUGACCGAAGGCUUCGACAAAGGCUUAACCCAGGCCAUGAUAAAUUACCGCAACGAUACCGCCCACCUAGCCACCGACUUCGAUCUGAUCCAGGGAACACUCCAUUGUUGCGGAAACCAUAAAUCCAGUGACUGGCUGGACCUCAAUCCACGUCAGCCGAUUCCUGCUUCUUGCUGCAUCAAAGAGAACUGCAACACCGAGAAGGAGAACGAGAUAUAUACACAGGGUUGUUACGAUAAAGUAAUUGAAUUCCUCGACGCCAACAUCGGGAUUGUCGCCGGCGCCGCCGUCGGCAUCGCUUUUUUCCCACUGAUCGGCGUCGUUUUAUCAUGUUGUCUGGCCAGUGUGAUAAAUAAAGCUAAGUACGAGCAGAUGGCUUAAACAGAAAGCGCUAGAAUAAUGCUCAAACA